AGCCGGGCCGCUUGCACUGCCUCACCAAGGCUGUACGACGGAGGUUAACUUAUUGAUCUUCAAUGUAGUCAGCAACAGCAUGGUGGCCAGUUGUCGGGAGUUCAUCAGCACAGAAGGAUUCGCCCCAUUUAUAGGCAUUGGGUAUCACCGUACGAGUGACCACAAUCCUCCACAGUCAGCAUAUAUCAGUGCUGGCGUGCAUACCUUAGUCUAUAACCUUCUUUCCCUUUCUCCUUCUUUCCUUCUUUCCCUCCUUUUUCUCCUUCUUUUUCUUCUUUUCCCCUUCAUGCUUUCUGAGUAUUAUUAUCUUAUCAGCGUGUAUCCAUCAUACAUAUUCAACUCCGCGGAUGACAUGACUGUCAUCGCCACAUUCCACCCUCUAUUCACUAUGCAACAACUCUAUUCAUAGACAAUCACCUGACAUUCCUGGCUGAUUCGUCAAUCAAUCAUCAUAAGGCUGCAGCCCUACCACCAAAUGUGGAGUCAACGCCCAGUGCCCAGCAGUCUUAUUGGUUCGAAUCCUGGUGCCUAAAGGACGAAUGUUCCAGAAGAUUACUGUGAUAGGCAGUUGAACACUCAAAAAUGCCUUGUAACGCCCGGCAGUGAAUAAAUGCUCCGCUCUCAGCCAGCCAUGUUGGCUUUAUCUUGAAUUU